AUGAUUUGGGAAGGUGUCAUAACCUUUUGUUAUGCAGUUAUGGCCUCCGACCUGUGUGACAGGUGCUCCCGGUUGCUCCAAGACUUUGCUGCACGUCUGAGGAGAGUUUGGGAGGAGUUCAAGUACAAACUGGAGGAAGUUUUUGGAGAACUUCUCCAGUGUACCUGCUGUGGGAAUGCUGAGCGGAGGAUGGCUCAAGAUUUAUCGUCAUUGCAGCUCAUGUGUGAUGAUGAAACUCACGUUUUCAAUCAAAGAAGCCUCCAAGCACUGAACCGACUAGCAGCCUCUCAAAAUGCAGAUCUGCAAAUGUCUGCAGCCAUUUAUUACCUGCACAUCAGUCACCACUUGAAAUCUCCCUUACCAGAUGCCUUUGUGGAAACAAUCACGGCUCUUCUUUUGUCCCCUGACCUGGAUGUGCAGAAGACUACUUCCUUUGCCCUGGUUAAUCUACUAGUAAAGAAAAAUGUUUGUAAAGAGUUGGUGAUCGAGACGGGGAUGUUGGUGCCGCUGUUGGAGUUGUUCCAGUCGGGGGAUCCAAUGGCUCAGUGUCACUCUUGUGCCUGCAUAGCCAUGCUGGCGUCCUCAGAAUCGAACAGAGAUUCUAUUUUGGUGGACGGAGUGAUGCCUCUGUUGGCUUUGGCAAAAUCCUACGAUCCAGCGGUACAGCUGAAUGCAGCGUGGGCCCUGUUGCAUCUCUCCCACUCAGAUAGGUCGACAAGGACUCUGUGUCAAGCAGGGGGCAUCCCUGUCUUGGUCCUCCUGCUGCAGUCCUCCAGGUCAGAAGUUCAGUUUUACAGCUGCACAGCUCUUUGCAACAUUGCCGCCGCUCCAGAGCAUCACCCAAAGUUGCUCAGCAUUGGGGGUCAUUAUUUGUCCAAGUCGCUUCUGACGCUGAUGUCUUCUUCUGUAGAAAAGAAUGCAGCCCAAGCAUGCAGAUGCCUUCAAACUCUUUCAAAGAAUGUUCGGGUCCAGGAACACCUCAUGGAGCUUAACUGUGUGUUGCCUCUGAAGUCCCUGCUCAAAAGUUCAAACACUGCAUGGAUGCAGUCAGCUUUAACGCUGCUGUGCACACUGACUGCACACCCACCAAACCGUGAUCUCUUCAUGAGUGAAGGACUGCUGAGGGAAGUCGGUCGGCUGCUCCAUCGUCCCAGCUCAAACUCUGCUCUGAUCUCACAAAGUUGUCAGCUCAUCACUGGCCUCUGCAGCGCCUGCAUGGACGAGCAGGCUGUGAAGGAGAGCCUGUGCUUAUCAGGGCUGCUCCGAGGACUUGAGUCUCCUUCCCUGUUAGAUGAGACGUUGCUGCAUGUGACUUUGUGUUUGCGUCACCUGAUGAACUGGGAGGGGCUGAGGACUACUUUGUCCACUUCAGUAUCACCAGAGCAGGUUUGGAGGCUGGUGCAGCUUUCCGGACAGACAAGAAAUCCUGAGCUGUCCUACAACUCUGCAGCCGUCGUGCACGCAUUUGAACCGACAGAAAGCUUCCUCCAGCUGCUGAGGCCUCACUACAGCGCAGUGGCUAAAUAUUUGUUGCUGUUCCUCAAAAGGAAAGAUGUUAAAUUCCAGCAGCUUGGCAUUGCUGCUGUAGAUAAACUCAAGAAUGAUGGACACUUUUCAACGGCAGUGACCGACGGCGAGCUGGAGGCUUGGCUGUCGCAGGGACAUACAGGGACGGAGGAGACGAGAUGGCUGCUGAGAACCACUCGGCCUCCGUCGCCAUCUUCUGGUUAACCCUCGACUUGCUCAGUAUUUUUACGAAAAGUCCAAGAUGUUUACUUUGAUGCAAAACUUUGAUUUUUGACUUUUUUACAUGCCGCUCUUUUCUAAAAUUGUUUUUAUAUUUGUAUUUUUGUUUUUACAUAUCUGUCUUUAAAAAGAAGAAAAGGACAGAGGUGUGGCAUCAGCUUUAAUAUAUUUGAACAUUUUUAUAAAGCUAACUUGUGAUAGUCUAGAACAGUACUUAAGGUAUAGGAUCAAGUUUAAGUCACGAUUUUUAUGCAUUUUUAUGCUUAAAAAGCAUUUAACCUACAGCUCUCUUGAUUUGAAGCAACUGUGAAAGCAAACAAAUAAACAAAAAAAAAAGGCAUUGUUGCAUUCUCGCCUCUAAGACAGCACACACACAAAAUUAAAGCCUAUCUUUGGAAACCGUAUCGUUGUAGCAGCUUCUUACAUACGAUUGCUAUAAUUUUACAAAAGUUCAAGAUUAAAAUUGCAACGCGGCGACAUUGAGCUCUCAACUGCAUCUCAAUUUAUUCGAGUUCCACUGAGG